CUUUGGUGGGGCAUGCGGCUGCAGUAAGCUAGCGCGGGGAAGGCGCGACGCACAGGGUCUCGACGAGGGGAACAUGCAAGCGCCUAACUCAGCUCACGCACCUGGAGAAUGUCUUGGGAGCCACUUCGGGACGUAGAAUUGUAUCCGGACGUACUAUGUCCUGCGCGGAGAAAGAAUGUCCGAUGGUCAUGACUUGCUUGUAGUAUAAAACCAUCGAGCUUGCUACAGUCGUCUUGCUCGUAAAGAACCAUCAAUCGGACCCACGAUAACGUUAAUCGGACCUUCUGAUCCUUACCCUGACUAUUCCCGAAACCUACGAGCAACGACAACCACUAAGAUGCCGUCACAUAUCCAUUCAGUAACAAACAUACACCGCAUAGCCUGCAUUCCAGGUGACGGAAUCGGAGUCGACAUAACAGAAGCCGCCAUCCAGGUCCUCAACGUUCUCGCCAAGACCAUUGGCGGCUUUGAAUUCGACUUCAAUACCUUUGACUGGAGCAGCAAAAACUAUCUCGAGCGAGGAUGGUAUAUGCCACCUGACGGCUUAGAGCAGUUGAAAGCCUAUGAUGCCAUAUACUUUGGCGCAGUAGGCUGGCCCAAUGUUCCCGACCACAUCUCCCUUUGGUCACUCAUCUUGCCGAUUCGAAAGUCUCUAAAUCAAUAUGUCAAUGUACGGCCUACACGCAUCCUCCCCGGAACCACGUCUCCUCUAUCCAAUUGUAAACCCGGGGACCUUGAUUGGAUGAUUAUCCGCGAGAACAGUGAGGGCGAGUACUCCGGCCAAGGCGGCACCUCCCAUGAGGAAAGUCCCCAUACCAUUGCCACCGAAGUGAGCAUCUUUACGCGCGUCGGCAUCGAGCGAGUCAUGCGAUAUGCGUUUGAGACAGCACGGUCGCGACCACGCAAGAAGCUGACCAUGGUGACCAAGAGCAAUGCCCAAAGACACGGCAUGGUUCUCUGGGAUAAAGUCUUCUACGAGGUUGCAAAAGAGUACGAAGAUGUUGAAAUUGACAAGAUGCUCGUGGAUGCUAUGACUGUGCGCAUGACGCUACAUCCUUCUACACUGGACACUAUCGUUGCUACCAACUUACAUGCAGAUAUCUUGUCUGAUCUUGCUGCUGCGCUGAGUGGGUCGAUUGGUAUCGCGCCAUCGUCUAACCUCGACCCUACAAGAAAGAAUCCGAGCAUGUUUGAACCUAUCCACGGCUCUGCGCCGGAUAUUGCAGGCAAGGGUAUUGCGAACCCAGUAGGCGCAUUCUGGAGUGCUGCUGAGAUGGUGCGAUGGGUUGGCGAGGAAAAGGCAGCGGAUGGGCUUAUGAAGGCGAUUGAGAAUGUCACCGCAAGAGGGGUUAAGACGAAGGAUCUUGGUGGCAGUGAGAAUACCAAGGGCGUCACAGAUGCGGUGUGUGCGGAGAUUGAGACACUCUUCAAGAGUGGCUGAGUGGCGUCAGCAUGAACGACUGCGCAAUAUGAGAUAUAUGUACAUACCCAUCACC